GGGGAACGUCCGUGCCUCGACAACUGUUGAAACCCAGAAACCUGGAAACCAGAAACAACAUCUCGACAGGCAAGAACCAAACCAAACCAAACCCUUGACACAAGAUCGUCAAUCACUGCAUCCUCGCCCGCCCACAUCCAAGCAUCAAGUUCCACAUUUGCAGCACCACCGGCACCAGCACCAGCCCAGCCAGGCCCUCGUGCUGACCUGCUCGCCCCCACUACCUGCCUCCGACUUUACCGACUCUUUCGCCUCUGCUGCACCUGCACCUGCACCUGCACCCAACUCCAACCCAAUCCGUGCGUGGCUUCAAUCCGAGCUUGGCCUUGUCUCACCUCGGCCCUAAUCUCGACGCUCCUCCCUCAUCACCACCAUCUUGGUCCUCACGAUCCAACACACACGCAUCCAUCGGCUCCCGUUAUAGAGGACAAAGAGGGGGAAGGCCUGGUUCGGGAGUUGUCAAGCCACAAGCCACAGUCACCAUGCAGGCACCAGGCCCAUCGCAACGGUCCUUGCGCCGCUCGCCAGGCGCAGAGCCUGGUCCGCCGCCAAAUGUUCCCUUGCGAUCAAUAUCACCUGCCGUCGGUCUCGCAGGCAGUGUCCAGCCUCGCGCUUCCACUGCCUCCAGCAGGUCGAACCAGAGCAGUGAGAGGAACAGCAGCAGUUCAAAACGACCGAGUACCUCGAGUAGCAGCUCCGCCAUGCCCUUGUCCCAGAUCGAAAAGAGCGUCACCCACUUGCUUGUCGCCACGAAACAGCUCCUCGAGACGUUGACACAAUGGUCCCGGGGCCAGGCGACCGACACGCAGGUGUCAGACGUCUACGUAAGGCUUGGGUAUGAGUUCAAUAUGGCUUGUCGGGCCUUCACGGCGAUAAAUGUCGAUACCUCCGACCUCGGAAACGUCCCUGAACUUCUUCGGAAUAUACUUGAGGCGACCCUGAGCCAGGAGGCAAGUGUCGAGAGCCUUGAAAAGUACCUGCCAAGGAUAAGAGACAUAAUUAUAAAUCUUCUCCAUGGCUUGAAAAAGAAGCAACAAAAGUUACGACAGAAGCAGGCACGCGACAAGGAAAAUGGGGGCCCUGAGUCCUCCAACGGCCGUGUCACGAGCACCGGUACCCAGGGAAGCAAUUCUGGGGGUUUGUCGCAGAUUCUGAACGAUAGCUUGACUGAGAAUGGAUACCGACCGGCCAGUAGCCGUGGGACAGACGACACGGUCAAGGCGAAUGGGUCUCCUCGGCGAUUCCAGUCUCAGCGGGAUGAGUCCCAGGCGACAAUCUCGGACAAGUCCUCCCUCUCGAGCGAUACCAUGCAGAGCAUGCCCGUCGUUCCACCAUACCCGUCCGAAGAUCCUGUUCCAACCCCUGCGGCGCCGGGGGAACUGGACUCUUUCCCGCCGCCGCCGCCUCCGCCAAAGUCAUCAACCCAGAGUGCCCUGGCAGCACUACAAAGAGGUGGGGACUUGGAGCGCCGUGCGUCUCGAAGAUACUCUGCAUACCAAAUCUCCAAGCACCUGGGCAGUGGCGCAAGUGGGGUUCCUAUGAUGCCAACGCAGACUGGCCCAAUACCAAACCGAGGAAGACCAGAGGCCAGGGAAUCUAUGCGAGCCGUGCAGGCGAGGGAAACUGUGCGAAGGAAAAAUAAUGAUGGGUCACUGAGUGCCAGGCCCGGAGUCUUGGAUCCCUCCUCACCCCAGCGUCAACCAAACAGGGCAUCGGGAGAGAAGGAGGUGCCCAAGCCAGCAAGCCCGACACAGGAGGACAGAUUCAAACCAAGCGCGACCUUGAAAGGACCCCUGCCUGAUGUCGUCCCAACAAUGGCAAGUGAAGGCGACAUCACGCCGAAGACGGAGACCAAAGAGGAUUCGAAGCUUGUCGAGCCGAAACCCGCGACUCCCACCCCUGAAGAGCAAGGCAAGAGCUUCAUGGACCAGUCGCCUCCAGCGUCGCCACCGAAAGACCUCACCCUUUUCCUCCAAUACAAAUCCAAAGUCAAGAAAUUCGUCCUUUCGGGGGGCUAUAGUGAACUGACGAUCGGCCGGUUGCAACUUGCAUUCAUCGAGAAGUUCUCCUGGAAUACCCAUGCAAAUGGGGCGGAUCUGCCCGAGAUUUAUAUCCAAGACCCGGUCUCCGGUGUACGACAUGAGCUAGAGGAUCUGACGGACAUCAAGGACCGUUCCGUUCUGGUGCUGAACGUGGAAGCGCUUGAUGAGGUCAAGAAGCACGUGGAUGACGGGCUAGGAUCCAUCCGGAAACUCAUCGAAUCCGUUAAGCAGGACGUUGGGGACCAAAGCGCUGCCCUCCAACGCGUUUCCGAACGACAAUCAGAAUCGGCCAAGGAGAUCGCGAGGCUCGCUGCUGCCCCUCCAAGCCCACCGGCAGACUCUCCCCGGAACACUACUCUCAGUGGUGGGCGCCAGCUCAAAGGUGGUCAGGCGGCUGAGGUGCAGACUCUGCGCCGGGAUCUGGCUGUUCUCAGGCAGAUGUACACCAACUUCCAGUCUGAGGUCGACGGUUCCAUGGCUGCCAUCCGCAACAAGGCGAACAACGUGAAGGCUGCGGCGGCCAAGGCAUCGCUGCCUGACGUCGACGGAGGCUCCGGAUCGUCAUACGUAAAGCAAGGACGGAAACAGCUCAACACGGACUCUGAUCGUCUCGUCACCAAGGUCGACGACCUUCAAGAUUUGGUUGAGGAUCUGCGCAAGGAUGUGGUCCAACGUGGCGUCCGACCACUGCCACGCCAGCUCGAGACUGUGGCCAAGGACAUGCAGCUUGCCCUCAAGGAGCUCAAGAAGAUGGAGGAGUACAUGAAGCGCGAGAAGCCUAUCUGGACCAAGAUUUGGGAGAAGGAGCUCGAGGAUGUCUGCAACGGACGCGACGAGGUCAAACUUAUGGAGGAUUUGGUUGCCGAUCUGCAGGACGACCUCGAGAAGGCCAGCGAGACGUUUGCGCUUGUGGAGCAGGCCACCAAGGAGCAGAUGAAGGAUGUCAACGCUGGGCAGGCGAAUGCCACCGUGUCACGUCAAUUCUCACGGGGCCUGAAGCACAUUGAGGACAACACGCUGGUGGACCCUUCAGAGGCGAAGGAAGGGGUGUUGGGUGAGGUGCGCGCGCUGCAGCCAAACCACGAGAACCGCAUGGAAGCCAUCGAACGCGCGGAAAAGCUUCGCCAGAAGGAGCUUGAGACCCGCAACCAGAAUCCGAUCAAGAAAGAGCUCGUCGAAUUUGUGGCGGAGGGCAAGCUAAAGAAGAGCGGCGGCGUUGAGGAGCUCGAGCGGCAGAGAGUCGCCCGGGAGGAGCGCAUCAGGAAAGAAGUCUGGGAGAGGAUGAACGGGCUUGCUGCCGAUGAUCCCAUCGGAGAGGAUGGUAUCCCCGAGGGCGACGACGACGAAUAUGUAGAAUACGAGGAAGUGGAGGUCGAGGAGGGUGAUGAGCUGGAGGAGGGAGUCGGGGCGGCGGCUGAGCCGGAGCCCGCCGCCAAGACAGCUUCUUGAUGCAAGACCAUCAAUCGAGAGUGAAAUAUCAUAUGCUGGGAUUUUCGGGUGGAUGAUUUAUGGGGUCUGGAUGCGCACUUUCGAAGCAAAAGACUGUGAGCAGAUACCCGCGACUCGUUGGCCCAGCACUGCUACAUUUUGUAUCGUUUGCCCUUUGCUUAUUUUCCCCUUUCCGUCGUCUGCUUCUCCUCUUGAUAUCAUAUCGUCUCUAGACACUGCACCAGAUUUCCCCUUAUCAUACCACUGUUGUUACACCCUAUCACUUUAGCGUCGGGGGUGGUGUUUGGUGAUUCAAUUCCAUGUUUGUGGGCAGGAGGAUCUUCGUCUUUUCCGCAUGGGCAUUUGUGUAUAUCAGCCCGUUACUUAUUUCAUCUGGGUCGAAGUGUUGGAACUUGAAGGCGGGUCGGUGGUGGUAGUAUGUUGAUGCGUCCAUGAGGACAAUUUGAUCACGACUUCUUCCCAACUGCACCGUCCCUCGUGACUGCUGAGAACCGAUGGCGAAGCGAUGUGCCUCCUUGCGCUACGCCAAAUCCAAGCCCCACGAAUAU